ACAUAUAUCCAUCUAUGUUCACGCGAAUCAUUCAUGAUCCAGCUUCACUUACAGCAGAGUUUUGAUGCCGUGACCCGGAUAGAGCUUCUUGCCAGACAUUACUCCAUCAUCAGUCAGACUAAAUUCCAGAACCUUUUUUUCAGCUCAACAACAAUUUGCAUCUGAGGGAUUUGACUGAAUCAAGAUGCUGCUGAUAAUUGAAGCUCUUCUUCUCAUUUCACCUGCUCUAGGACAGGAUCACAGAAAUGCUGCUGCAGGACAGAUAUUUCCACUGGAUAUGGCACCAAAUUCAGUUGAUGACAAUUAUGACAGCUGUACAAAGGAAAUGGCGAAUCUAGUGAAGACUAAAUAUCUAGAGAAGGAAAUGUCUGACUUACCUGAAUUUAAAAAAUCUUGGCAAGAAGGUGAAGUGAAUGCCACGGCACCAGAAGACAACUUGACAAGGAAUCAUUCAAUUGCCAUUUAUAUGUACACCAACUCAGGCUUUAAUGUAUAUCGAGAUUUUAAUAAUGCUGUUCGUAGUGAUAAAGACAAAUACAAAAACAACACAUACGAAUGGUAUUCACUUCACUUUUUAUUAACUGAAGCGAUACAGAUUCUGAAUAAAACACAAAAUAAAUGCUUUUCGACUUAUCGAGGUACAAAUCUUCAAUUUAACAAGGAUGUUCUAAACACAACAGUUCGUUUUGGCCAGUUUGCUUCUUCCUCUCUUAAUCGUACAGUAACAGAAGUUUUUGGAAAUGCGUCUUGUUUUGAAAUUAAAACUUGUGAAGGUGCAAAUUUGACAAAAUACUCGAAGUUUCCUUAUGAGGAAGAGGUGCUGAUUCCUCCAUAUGAGAUGUUUAAAGUCACUGCUGUGAAGAGAAGAGAAGAUCAGAAGGAUCUCUGGUGUGAGACAGUGUUUGUGUUGAACAGCACUGGAAUAAGAAGUGACGUGAGCUGUGUAUUAUGUAACCGUGGAAGCCAGGCUGCUGUCUUUAAUGUUUUACUAAUAUUAACAACAUUUUGCAAAGUGCUAAUCAGUUAACGUGCCGCUUUAUUGCAUGCUUCUCAUUGUGUUACUGAACUUUGAAUUGUCUGUAAAGAUAAAAUGAACAAAAUAGCCUGGAGCCAGUUUGAUGCCAUUUGAAGGACGAAAAGAUGGUUUCAUGUAUUUUUUUGAUUUUUAAUACACUACCGUUCAAAAGUUUGGGGUCAGUAAGACUUGUAAUAGUCUUUAAAGAAGUCUCUUAUGCUCAGCAAGGCUGCAUUUAUUUGAUUAAAAAUAUAGAAAAAAACAGUAAUAUUGCAAAAUGUUUUUACAAUGUAAAAUAAUGUUUUUUAUUUUAACAUACUUUAAAAUAGAAUUUAUUCCUGUGAUGAAAAGCUGAAUUUUUAUCAAUUUAUCAAUUUUAUCAAAGUGUCACAUGAUCCUUCAGAAAUCAUUCUAAUAUGCGGAUUUAUUAUUAGAAUGAUCAAUGUUGAAUAAUAUCAACAGUUGUGCUGCCAAAUAUUUUUUGGAACCUGCGAUUUUUUUUUUUCAGGAUUCUUUCAUGAAUAACAAGU